AUGGUUAUCAUAAUCCCUUAUCUGUUGGCUAAAAAUGCCCUCUUGAUGGGCUUCGCUCGCUUCGUGGGCUGCCGGAUACGCCCAUCAAUCGUAAUGUUGACCCCGAUAGGCCCACGAAAACCCGGCCACAACCGUGCGACGUGGCCGGUUCCCACCGGGCGUGCCCCGUCCCUUCACCCUCCCCUCCUUGACUAUUGGGCCCUGGGCCCAUGGUCCAGAUCUAUUGUCACCCGUCACCCUCGCCAACCUGCAAAAGACCGAGACAACCCGCAAAUCGGACCAGAAUGCCGUAACCCGCAAAAACUAGCCAAAAUUCAGUCAACCAGCAAACACGGAGUUGAAUUUCCGAAAAGGCGUGUCCGAGGCCAAAAAGUUGAUACGGUCUUCAUCUGUCCGUUUGGUGGAAUCUUUCCCAUCAACGGUUCAUCUUGA